GUGCGGGACUCUCUUUGUCACAGAACUCUAUUUCAAGUGCACGCUUCCUAUUGGCAGGCAAACUCGAUAAACUUCAGGAAGCGUAGCCCUUGGGGCCCUGAGGGAGUGCUGCGGCCAUGAGGCAGUGCUGCAGCCAUUAGGAUGGGAUGCGUUGGUUUAAAAGGUGGAUGGAUGAAGUUCUCCGAUCCUCAGCUCCAUCCCUCAUUCCUCCUCAGCCAUGUCCGCCACCAAGUUCUUCCACCUGCCUGAGCUGGUGGAUGCUCUGGCCCUACACCUGACACCCCGCGACCUCCCACAGCUUAUGCAAACAGACAGUGUCCUCCACGAGAUCUGCGCAUCCCCGUUUUACAGGUCCCUGGACCUCGAAGAAGAGUCUCGUUCCAAAAGAUUAUGGUCCCCUCAGGACAGUCGGCAGGCCCUGGCUAAGAACGCACACCAUGUUCGCCAUCUCGUAGCCAACAGCAGGCUCCUCAACAUCCUGUAUUCCGAGCAGGGCGACGACAACAGUGGACGACAGCCCGAUAACAUGCCCGCUAGGCCAGCGAAACAAACGAUAACCCAAUUGACCCGUCUGACUCAACUCCGCUGCACAGUGGGCGAUGAACCCCUCCAUCUUCACCGCUCCAGAUCCAGUUCUGCCGCCUUUCGAUUAGCCGCUCAGAACCCGGGUUUGACGUAUCUUAUGGUCUGGAGUGUUGAUUUACGGGAAGACAUGGCCAGCGGCCUUCUGACACGGACCCUCUCAGGAUUCGAUCAUCUCAGUUACUUGGAGCUUGUGCACACAUGGCGGGGUGAACUUCCAGCACAGAUUAUCCAGGACAUCUGGAUCAGCUGUCCACCAUCGAUCGAACGUCUGUAUUUGAAGUUCCAAGUUCUUGAGCGACCGAAUGCGGAGGAGUUGUGGAUACGGAGACAGGAGCCGCUGCAGAAACUGAAGGAGCUACAACUACCAUUAUACGAGGAUGGAUAUCCUGCGGAUAUCGUGUGCCCCAUCCUGGAACAAUGCCCGGCGCUCGAAAUCUGGGAUGUGACGUUUACGAGGGGCGCUGGCCACAGGGAAACAGUCGCAAAGACAGUCAAAGCCCAGUGUCCACAGCUCCAGCAUCUGUUAAUCGACAGCGAAGGCAAUGGCGAGGAUAUCAUUGCCGUCAUGGACACGAUCACGCCCCAGCAAAUCAGGUCAUGCAACAUCCAGCGUUAUGUCGAGGGGAUUCCCGAUCAGCUAGGGAUUGCUCUACAAAGACACUCAACUAUGCUGACGAUGAUUCGGCUUUCGAAAACAGGAACAAUCCGCAGUGGUACUAUCCGCCGCAUCCUAGGAACAUGUGAAGUGUUGGAGUACCUCGCGAUCACUAGUGGUCACCCAAGCCUGACGACGAUUACUGGCGAUCACCCAGACCGGAUAGCGAUAUCGUUGGAGGAUGCCGUGGCUUCGGAAUGGGCCUGUAGGCGGAUAAGGCACUUGGAACUUACAUUAGAUAUAUACCAUUAUUUGGCGGACUAUGGUAAUCGUCUUUACUGGACGGAUGGUCAGUUGUCGGAACGACGUUGGAAAGAAAUAGAGACAUUGUAUGAUCAAAUUGGUCGUCUUGUCCACCUCAGAGUGUUGGCAUUGAAAAUCGGCAUCGCUGUAAAUAGUUCCUCGGAUGACAGUGAAGUCGAAAAGACUCGAUAUGAGGCCUUGUCCUUUCCGCGACUGCUGAAUCUUCCCGACCCUGAGAGACAAACUCAAGGAUACCUGUCCAGUCUGGCCGGACUGAGCGAACUGCGAGAGCUACGGGGAUCGGUCCGUGCAGUCACGAAGGAGACGAAGACGAGCCUCGGGCAAAAGGAGGUUGAGUGGAUUGUCGACCAUUGGCCCAAGGUUGAGCUUAUCGAAUUCCUGCCAUCAAACCACGAGAAAAGGCUUGAUGUCGAGGUCCCAAAGCAUUUGCAGUGGUUGCAGCAGCGGUGCCCUCAUGUACGACUAAGUCUUCAAGAACCCUAAUACCCCGAUUCCGAUUAGAGCUGGUUGCAAAAAUAAAGAAUAUCAU